UGCGCUCACCAUCUCCCUCUUGCUUGCUCACAUCCCUCUGAAUAAUCCACAUCUAGGGCAAGCUGGCUGAGAGGCGAUCCAGAGCUCAGCUCCUCUCUGCAGGCUGGGAAAAGAAACAGAGAGUGAAAGACAACGAUUUUCAACGCAGGAGGAAAAACGUGAGAUUUUGACUGAACGGGAAGAUACCAAGAAUUUACAGAGGAAGAUUUUCAUCUGCGGAUAUCAUUUAUUUAUACAUAUUGUUUAUAUAUCUAUAUAUAUAUUUGUACACACACAUAUAGAUAUUUAUAUAUAUAUAAAUAUAUACAUUUAUCCUUGUACAUAUCUGUAUUUGUGCUUGUCUGUUUAUAUUAAUAUUUUUAUAUGUAUUUGUGUGUGUAAAUAUAUAUGAUAUAUAAACAAAAGAAUAUAUAUAUAUAGAUAUAUAUCUAUGAAUUUAUAUGCGUAUCACUGUGAACCAAGAGAAGCAAGAAGAUAUUUCUAUCAUCAGGGCUGGUCUCUGAUUGUGUGGUGGUAUACAAUAUUUUAAAUAUUUCCUUUGAUCUUCUACGUCAAGAGGACAAAAGACUACGUGCCCAUUUUGUAUUUUUGUUUUGCUGUUGCUGCUUCCCAUCCCUCUCUAUCUUUUUUUUUUUCUACAUCGCGAGAGGAAUAAAGCAGAGAGCGACAGGAUUUGACGAAAAAGGGAAAAUCUGUUAAAAAAAAAAAGAAGAGAGAGAAUUCCUGUGAUUAGUGUUAUUUCCAUCGGCAUUAGCACUCUGUGAGCCGAUCACAGUGUGCUGUGUGAGAUCUGAGGAGGCAGCAGAGACAGAGUGCCACGCCGCUCAUCUCAGCGUCAAGCUCAGCCCAGCCAGCAUGCACAAACACCACCACUGCUGCAAGUGCCCAGAAUGUUAUGAGGUGACUCGUAUGGCUGCCUUGCGAAGGAUGGACGCCCCGUCGUACGGAGGAGACUGGCAGGCCGAGCCCUAUGGAUACCCGCCUGGGUACGGGGGAGGCCAGACCUUACCCCCUCCAGCCUCAGGGGGAGGUGGAAACAUGGGAGGAGGAGGGGGCACUUUGGGGAGAAGUAAAGGCAAGAUUAUGUCUGGUGGGGGCCCUGGAGGCCCCAAUCCAAAGGGCCAGUCCAAGGGUGGGCCCAAAGUAAAUGGCAACAACUCCAGUGGACAAGGAGGAUGGUGGCCCGAGUGCACCUGUACCAACCGGGAGUGGUAUGACCAGGCCAACCCUCCCCCCAUCAUUGUCAACGCAGACUCACUAGAUGCAGGCCCUUAUGUAAAUGGAAGUGACGGGAUGUACAAAUAUGAAGAGAUCAUUCUAGAGCGGGGAAACUCUGGCCUGGGCUUUAGCAUCGCUGGAGGAAUAGACAAUCCUCACAUUCCUGAUGAUCCGGGAAUAUUCAUCACUAAAAUUAUCCCCGGAGGAGCGGCUGCCAUGGAUGGACGACUGGGAGUGAACGACUGUGUGCUGCGCGUGAACGACGUGGACGUCUCGGAGGUGGUUCACAGCCGAGCGGUGGAGGCGCUAAAGGAGGCGGGGCCUGUCGUCCGGCUGCUGGUCCGACGGAGGCAGGCGCCGCCCGAGACCAUUCUGGAGGUCAACCUGCUGAAAGGCCCCAAAGGACUGGGAUUCAGUAUUGCUGGAGGGAUCGGGAACCAGCAUAUCCCAGGAGACAACAGCAUCUAUAUCACUAAGAUCAUCGAAGGAGGAGCUGCUCAGAAAGACGGACGGCUGCAGACCGGAGACCGCCUGCUCGCUGUGAACAACAUCGUGCUGCAGGACGUGCGUCACGAGGAGGCCGUGGCUGCACUGAAGAACACCUCUGACAUGGUCUAUCUGAAGGUGGCCAAGCCGGGACCCGUGCAUCUGAACGACAUGUACGCCCCUCCAGACUACUCCAGCAGCCUGGCCCUCCCUCCAGCCUUCCCCACCAUGGUGGACAACCACGUCAGCCACAACUACAUGGGACCAAUGGAACCCAAGCCUGUGUACCCCCCACCCCAGGUCACCCCGUCCAGGUAUUCGCCUGUUCCCCGCCACAUGCUUGGAGAGGAAGACUUCACAAGGGCUGAGCCUAUUUACAGUGUCAUCCACAAACCUGGGGACAGCAAGGUGCCCCAGGCCCUCUACAGAGGCUUCUGUCCUUCCCCUGCUCCCUUGUGCCAAGGCCCACUCCCCUUCUCUGGCAGGGAGCCGAGGAAAGUGUUGCUGCACAAGGGCUCCACAGGUCUGGGCUUCAACAUCGUUGGCGGGGAGGAUGGAGAGGGGAUCUUCGUGUCUUUCAUCCUGGCCGGAGGGCCAGCCGACCUGAGCGGCGAGUUGAGGCGUGGCGACCGGAUUCUCUCGGUGAAUGGUGUGAACCUAAGGAAUGCCACACAUGAGCAGGCAGCUGCGGCACUGAAGAGAGCUGGACAGACUGUCACUAUCAUUGCUCAGUACAGGCCUGAAGAGUACAGUCGCUUUGAGUCUAAGAUCCACGACCUGAGGGAGCAGAUGAUGAACAGCAGCAUGAGCUCGGGGUCAGGCUCCCUGCGCACCAGUGAGAAACGCUCCCUCUAUGUCAGAGCUUUGUUUGACUACGACCGGACGAGGGACAGCUGCCUGCCCAGCCAAGGCCUGAGCUUCUCUUACGGGGAUAUCCUUCAUGUCAUAAACGCUUCCGACGAUGAGUGGUGGCAGGCGAGGCUCGUCACGCCUCACGGAGAGAGCGAGCAGAUCGGGGUCAUUCCAAGCAAGAAAAGAGUGGAAAAGAAGGAGAGAGCCAGGUUAAAAACAGUCAAGUUCCACGCCAGGACAGGCAUGAUUGAGUCUAACAGGCCGGUCAAAGUAAAGCGCAAAAAAAGCUUCAACCUCUCACGCAAGUUCCCGUUUUACAAGAGCAAGGAGAAUAUUGUGCACGAGUUGGUGGAGUCCGAACAAUGCUUGACAUCCAACACAAGUGACAGCGAAAGUAGUUCGAAGGGUCAAGAGGACACGAUUCUUUCCUACGAGCCCGUUAUUCGACAGGAAAUCCACUACACGCGGCCUGUGAUCAUUCUGGGCCCAAUGAAGGACAGAGUAAACGACGACCUCAUCUCCGAGUUCCCCCACAAGUUUGGCUCAUGCGUACCCCAUACAACCCGUCCCAGGCGAGAAAACGAGAUGGACGGCCAGGACUACCACUUCGUGGCCUCCAGAGAGCAGAUGGAGAAAGACAUUCAGGACAAUAAGUUCAUCGAGGCCGGGCAGUUCAACGAGAACCUGUACGGGACGAGCAUCUUGUCUGUCAGGACCGUGGCCGAGCGGGGGAAACACUGCAUCCUGGACGUGUCUGGGAAUGCCAUAAAGCGACUGCAGCAAGCACAACUUUACCCGAUCGCCAUCUUUAUUAAACCAAAAUCCAUCGAAGCCCUAAUGGAAAUGAAUAAGAGGCAGACGUACGAGCAGGCCAAUAAAGUCUUCGACAAGGCGGUGAAGCUGGAGCAAGACUUCGGAGAGUUUUUCACAGCUAUUGUACAGGGUGACUCGCUAGAGGAGAUCUACAACAAAAUCAAGCUAAUCAUCGAGGAGCAGUCCGGGCCGUACAUCUGGAUCCCGUCCUCGGAGAAGCUCUGAGCUCCCUGCCGUCCGCUCUGCGUCGCCGCGGAGACCCCCUCCUCCCCCUCCUGCUCCCCAGAGACCCCGCCCACGUCCAAAUAGCCCUCCCCCCCCCCCUCUCCUCACCUCCUUUUGCAGAUAUGUUUCAUAUCAAGUUUUAGUGUCAUCAUUAUGUUACUCUCUAAAUGAAAAAGAAGUCUUAUCACCAUUACUGUGACUGUGCACACCCCUGCAUGAGUUUCUCAACAAAUCCAUUCAAGACUGAAAAUGCCAUUCCAAAGGAAUUUGUCAAAAGAAAACAAAAGAAAAGGGAAAACAAAUAAAUCCUUUUUUUUUUGUGAACUGGGACUGACUGAAGAUCAGAGUGAUUCACAGAAAUCUGGAGAGAGGAGUUGGGAUUCAUAAAGAAGUUGCAGGGGAACAGAGGCAAAUCAUACCGAGUUGGAACACUUUGUAAAUGUUCAUCAAAUCACAUUUAAACAGACAGAAGACAUGAGAAGUUGAAAACCAAUUAAGGGUUUAGUUUUUUUUUUCUCUCUUUUGUUGAAGUUUAGGUUUUUUUGUUUUGUUUUUCUUUUUUUUUUUUUUUUUUUUUUUUUUUUUUUCUUUUGGAAAAGACUGGAUAAAAUCGAGCCCUGCUGAUGGUACUGUUGGAAAACGAUCUCUCUUGUUUAUAAUGACUGAGGAAAUUAGUGGAGGAGCCUACAAACUGGUGAUCUAUUUAUCACAAACCAGCUUGCCGUUUGGUCGCCUGCCAGUCGUCUGCUGCGGCCGAUAAAGACAUCUCGGGAGGCAGAUCAAGAGGAAGAAAUGCGUCCUGAAUCUCUACAUUUAUAUUAUAAAAAU